AUGGAAGAGGACAUUGAGGAGUAUCGCUUGUCAGCGACUCUUCCGAAAGAAGCCUGGAGCCCUUGGAUGAAGCUAAUGAUCGCCGAUAUCCGUCAAAAGCUGGAGAGGUUCGAGAACAUCCUCUUCACGCAAUGCGAUUCUCGGACCAGACUGCGGCUCGUCAUCCUCGGCCACCUCGUCUAUGUGAGGAAUCUUGGCAUUUUAUUUUCUGGUACCACGUCCGGCCUCUCGCGCCGAGUUGGCUGCGAAAAUGAUGCCGAGGAGCUUGCUACCUGUAUCGAGGCACUGAAGGAUAUGACGAAACAUGUACAUCAGUCUUGCGAGCAAUCCAAAAGGGUGCUGGAGGAGAGGAAGAAGGAAAGAAAGGCAGUUUAUCGGCUGCCUGUGAAGGGAGGAAACGAUUAG